AUGACACCAAUCACAAUCAACGUCACAGGCUCCUCCACCAUCCAUCAACCUCCAGAACGAGCCGUAUUGUUCUUCCACGUUCAAUCCGAGGGUUCAUCGUCAGACACUGUCUCCAAAGAAGUCACAGCCACCUCCAACCAGCUCCAACAAAUAUUCAAAGGGCUAAAAUCAAAUUCACUCGUCCCAACCCCAGUAGCAGCAUUCUCAACCAGUUCCCUCCGACGCUGGUCCGAGCGACCCCGAGACCGAGACGGAAACCCUGGCGAACGAGUCCAUUACGCCCAGCUGCGAUUUGAAGCUACAUUUCGUGAGUUCAAGAAACUAAGUGAAGUUGCUGGUCGGCUAUCAGCAUAUCCAAAUGUCGCCAUCUCCAACAUUGAUUGGCGACUGACGGACGAGACCAAACAAGAGCUCGGCUCCAAAACGAGAAAAUUGGCGAUGAAAGAUGCGAUUCAGAAAGCGUUCGACUAUGCUGAGGUCAUUGGCAGAGAGGUGAAUCCGGUUGAGAUUACGGAUAUGGAAUCUCCAGGGCUGCACUCGCCAAGGUAUAUGGCGGCCAUGGCGGCGUGUCCUAUGGAGGAUGAACGCGAGGAAUUGGAUCUUACACCACAGGAUGUUGAAUUGACCAGUUCCAUUCAGGUCAACUUCCGUGGGGAGUAA